AUGUCGACCACAGCAUCCAUAACAGCGCCGACGAUGUCGGCCACGGAGACGAUGACGACAACAGCGGUGGUGUCGGACGUGAGGGACGGCUCCUCCGGCUCGUCAUCGCCUGUACUCCGACUGCGACUCAAAGCGCACCCGAAGUCGUCGGACAGUCGGCUCCAGAAGAAAGUGUCGUUCACUGACUCGACGGUCGACAACGAGGGCUUGGGUCGCAAGAAGUCCAAGUGUUGCUGCGUUUACCAGAAGCAGAAGUUCUUCGACGACAACAGUUCCACCGAUUCGGACGACUCGGACGACUGUCCCGAAAGUGAUCACUGUUUCGGCCAUAAGAAGAGACCAGUGAAUGGUCGCAAAGCGGUUCACCACAAGCACGACGCCGACUGCGCCGCCGCUGCCGAUCCGAUCGAUGAGGACAUGGAUGUGGAGGACGGCGUCAAUGGUGUCGUCAGCAACUGA